AUGGCUUUUGCGUUGGUGAAAAUAUAUUUCGGCUAUUCGCUGGUAAUUGGUAUUACUUCGCAGAAACUGGACAAGCAAAGUUUCCAGAGUACUCUUUUUACACGGGUUUAUGCUUUGAUUGCUAAUAUCAUUACGCUUGCCAUGUUGCCUCUAGCUAUAUGGCACACUAGAUUGAGUUUUCUGGCAAUCGGGAAAUUUCCACGGCUUAUUUUGAUUACCAAUGACGUCAGACAUGUGGUUUCCUAUUUAGUUAUCGUAUAUACGGUCCUAUCACGCGGAUUUCGAGAUACAGCUUUCAAGGAGAUGACGCCCUUACUGCGGAGAUUACUUCAGGAAGAAAGGCGAGGAACAGGCAUUCGAAGAGCAAGACGAUCCUUAAAGAUUAUUUUAUAUGUAAAGUUCUUUACCGUUUGGUGGUUAUGUAUUACCGAAUCCUUCUUCGUCUUCUUUUCGUGGAACUCUUUUACCUGGAUGAAACUUGUGCAAUUUAUUGUCAUGUCUAAUGCCAUGAAUAUUCUGGAAAUGGUGCCAAUGGGCUACUUUCUCGGUUUGUGGCACAUUGCUCGAGGCUUCGAUUAUGUGAACAAGCGCAUGGAUGAAAUAAAAACAUCGAAAUCGAUUCGAGAUUUAAAGGAGCUGCAGGAUCUUUGGGGACUUCAUGCUGGACUCACAAAGACAGCGCUAAAAAUAAACAGAACCUAUGGCCCCCAGAUGUUGGCAUCUCGAUUUGACCAUUUCAUCAUUGGAGUUGUCCAGGCUUAUUGGGGAGCCUUUUUCGCUUACAACCGAUCUACGUCUUUUCUUUGGAUCGCUUACGGAUUUGGUCAAUAUUAUAUACGUUCGUUGGACUAUUAUCUCAUUGAUUACAUGUGCGAUUUGGUUGUGAAGUAUCAGGGCGCGGCUAAGCAUUCCUGGAGUGAAAGUCACUGGACGAAAGAGAUAAGUUCCUAUGUCAUUUACGUCAACAGUUCGAAGUUACAGCUCUGGACCUGUGGACUUUUCCAGGCGAAUAGAAGUCUGUGGUUUGAAAUGAUGAGCAGCGUGUUGUAUUAUAUUUUAGUGGUAUUGCAGUUUCAUCUUGUAAUGGGAAAUUGA